AUGGAUGUUUUCACGUCCGCAGCGGGAAAAACUUAUGAAUACACGGCCCUUAAGCCCAACGAGGUUCGGCUCAUGGUUCUGCAUCCAGGAAGACCAGGCCACAAUUCCCACCGCGAUCAACCUCUUCGAUGCUCUCUCCUCACCUUGACCUUCGAUGAUGCUCAAAGAAGAGAGUAUGAAGCUCUCUCCUACGUCUGUUCGGCCAGCAAUCUUUAUGGAUAUUCAGCUCAGAACUACCCCGAAGAAGUGGGAAAACCCAAUCUGGAGGCACCGCUGCCAAAUGAAUGCCGGAUCUGGUGCCAACAUGAAGUCGCUGAGAAGUCUGGCUUCCGUAACGUGACCAAAAAUCUCAUCGAGGCACUCUCACGACUCCGAUAUACGUCUGAAGACCGUGUCCUGUGGGUGGACGCCAUGUGCAUAAAUCAAGACGAUAAUGAUGCCGAAAAGGCCACUCAAGUGCCCUUGAUGGCCAGGAUAUAUUCCUGUGCUUCACAGGUAAUUAUUUGGCUGGGAGAGACACUGUCACGGCCAUUUACGGAUGUUGUGUUAAAUAGACGCGAUAUCACUGAGUCGGCAUUUGACUAUGUUACCUGGGUAAACAAGCUAGAGCCCAAAAUGAGGGAUCUCGACUUUUAUCGUUCCACCAGACCCGGGGACAUGCUUGGUACAGUUAACAUGAUGUUAGCUAUGUUUCAAGAGCUUUUGUGGCGUUGUGAGUGGUUCCAGCGGACGUGGACGUUCCAGGAAGCAGUGAUGGCGAAGCAAGCAACAGUGAUAUGCGGUGGCCAUCAAGCAAGCUGGGACGCGUUACAUGAGGCAUGUCGUUUCAACAGCCGAGGCAUGCAGCUACCGAGUGACAUACUUCAUCACGAGAGGAUUGUGAAUGCUAUUGUGCUAGUACUUGAAGUACAACGCCUCCGCAAGCUGCGGUGUUUACCCGAAAAUACGAACAGAGAAUGUCUCACCAAUGCCGAUCCUUGGAGGUUCGAUCAGCUAUUACACGCUAUCCGAUCCAAAAAUGCCACUUGUUUACACGAUAAGGUCUAUGCGGUUUUAAGCAUGGCAAGCGGCCAAAACCUACCACGCCCAGACUACAGUGCUUCCCUUAGCAAGGUUUAUUGUGACGUUGCCCAAUGUCUUUCUCGGAACCUGGAAAGAGGCUGGAUUUCUGUCCUCAGCUACGCUGAGUUACCUAACCGAGAUAUCGCGGAUGAACUAAAAGAGUUGCCCAGCUGGGCACCGAAUUGGAGUAUGCCGACCGAUACUGCUCCAAUAUCUUGGUACGCAGAUUUUCGAGCUGCCGGUAUCACAGUCGACAAUUGCUUCGUCCUGGAAAACAAAGAAGGAAAUCAGAACCCCCCACUAUUAUCAAUCCGUGGUGCUCGCCUAUUCACUGUCCAUACAGUGGCAAAAGCCUCACAUGAGGAUAAGGAUGAGCUUAUCAACAUGCCAUGGGAACCAACCGAGAGCUACCCGCUGACCAAUGAAGAGUAUUUAGUGGCGUACAGUAAAGUAGCAAGACCGGACAUCAUGGAGUUGACGAACCCACAGGAGGACCCCUUUCGUCCGUGCCGAUCACCAUUCUGGGAAGGUUUAAAAUAUUUCUCGGCUCGCCAAUUAGCGAAGGCUGGACUCGAAUAUCAUUAUGAUCGGGCGAUUUCUGGCCACCGACAUUACAGUCACUUGCGGCAAAGUAGGCCGAUCCCCGGUCGUCGUGUUGGUUUCGCUCCUAUCCAUAUGGACCGGCGGCUCUUUCUGGGAUCUAGUGGAUGUCUCGGUUUAGCGCCUCUAGCCACCAGGAAAGGAGAUUAUGUUUGUCUGUUUUUGGGCGGAGAAGUGUUGUACGUAAUCCGACCUGUCCUGAAUGGACGUUUUACGUUUGUGGGUGAGUGUUUCGUGUAUGGGCUGAUGCAUGGGGAGGCGAUGGAAGGUCUGAGUGAAGCGAGAGUUGAGGAUUUCAUCCUCCAGUGA